AUGUCUGGUGAAGAACCCAUGAAAAAGUGUGUUGAUUGUGGGCAAACUGGUCAUACUUCCACAGCAUGCAACAAUGGAAAAGCUGGUAUUCUUGAACUUUUUGGUGUGAGGAUUGAUCCGACCGCAGAUCAAAGUGAAGACGAUGGUUACGAGCCCAAAAGUAUGGAGGUUUUAAAGAUGCACAACAAUGAGCAUGGUUCCUCCAUAGAUCUAGAGUAUAUGUCUGAUGAACAUAGCCAUGAUACAAAGAAAGGGAUGCCAUGGACAGAAGAUGAACAUAGAUCGUUCUUGAUGGGUCUAGAAAAGCUUGGAAGAGGUCGCUGGAGAGCGAUUUCAAAGCAGUACGUGCCAUCAAGAACCCCGACACAAGUAGCCAGCCAUGCCCAGAAGUUUUUCAUUAGAUUGAAUUCGACAGAGGACAAAAGGAAACGCCGAUCAAGUCUAUUUGACAUGCCAUUAGAUGAAUACUCCCUGGCACUAGGAGCAUCUGUAAGACCACCAGCUUCACCCAUGGCUCGAACCUAUGGUGUUGAAGGUUACAACCGGUUCCCGGAUGUGAUAGGUUAUGAUCGUAGCAGCCACAUUCCUUUGGUGAAUUACAUGUUCAAUGGAAGUGUUCAUCCACUUGACCAAAGGACGGAAUAUUCUGCUACUCUUGUGUCUCGAUCGCCACCCAUAACUAACGGGGAGAGGAGGAACACACAAGAGCCUGAAGUUGAGACGACAAAAGAUUAG